GAAACAAGCACAGAGCACACACCUAUUCUCACCUCCCCGGUGAUCAUAAGAAGCUCAUUUGAAGUUCCCCGAUCUAGGGUUUUACGCGCUUCUUCUACGCAGCGCACCAUCUUCUCCUGCGUUUGGGUCGGCAAGGAGAUGGCGUCGGCGGUGACUGGCGGCGGCGGAGGAACAGCCCAGAAGAGGCGGGAGUCGACGGUGACGCGGGAAGGGGACCAGCUCGUCAUCACGCCGCUGGGCGCCGGCAACGAGGUCGGGCGCUCCUGCGUGCAUAUGACCUAUAGGGGAAAAACCAUACUGUUUGAUUGCGGGAUUCAUCCGGCUUACUCGGGCAUGGCUGCAUUGCCAUACUUCGAUGAGAUCGAUCCUUCCACUGUUGAUGUGCUACUCAUCACUCACUUUCACCUUGAUCAUGCUGCGUCACUUCCUUACUUUUUGGAGAAGACUACUUUUAGAGGUCGGGUCUUUAUGACCCAUGCAACAAAGGCUAUAUACAAGCUGCUUUUGUCUGAUUAUGUAAAAGUGAGCAAAGUUUCUGUAGAGGAUAUGCUGUAUGAUGAGCAGGAUAUUCUCCGUUCCAUGGACAGAAUUGAGGUUAUUGAUUUCCAUCAAACACUUGAAGUGAAUGGUAUCCGCUUCUGGUGCUACACAGCUGGUCAUGUUCUUGGUGCUGCUAUGUUUAUGGUUGACAUUGCUGGUGUCAGGGUCCUAUACACUGGUGAUUACUCCCGGGAGGAAGAUCGUCACCUGCGGGCUGCUGAAAUCCCACAAUUCUCUCCUGACAUAUGUAUCAUCGAGUCCACUUAUGGUGUCCAGCUUCAUCAGCCUCGUCUUGUCCGAGAGAAACGUUUCACAGAUGUCAUUCACAAAACCAUCGCAGAAGGUGGCCGGGUGCUCAUCCCUGCCUUUGCUCUUGGUAGGGCUCAGGAGCUCCUUCUCAUUCUGGAUGAAUACUGGGCCAGGAACCCCGAACUUCACAACAUUCCUAUCUAUUAUGCUUCACCACUUGCCAAGAGGUGCAUGGCUGUGUACCAGACCUACAUUAAUUCGAUGAAUGAGAGAAUCCGCAAUCAGUUUGCAAACUCAAACCCCUUUGAUUUCAAGCACAUCUCUCCAUUGAAGAGCAUUGAAAAUUUUGAUGAUGUUGGCCCAUCUGUGGUGAUGGCAAGUCCAAGUGGUCUCCAGAGUGGUCUCUCAAGGCAGUUGUUUGACAAAUGGUGUGCAGACAAGAGAAAUGCAUGUGUUAUUCCUGGUUACGUUGUGGAAGGAACAUUGGCCAAGACCAUUAUCACUGAGCCUAAAGAAGUUACUCUUAUGAAUGGGCUUACAGCUCCUCUCAACAUGCAGGUACAUUAUAUAUCCUUUUCAGCUCACGCAGAUUUUGCACAGACAAGCACAUUCCUGAAGGAGCUCAUGCCCCCCAACAUAAUCCUUGUCCAUGGGGAAGCGAAUGAGAUGGGAAGGCUCAAACAGAAGCUUAUAACACAGUUUUCUGAUAAGAACACGAAGAUCAUCACUCCAAAGAACUGCCAAUCGGUAGAAAUGUAUUUCAGCUCAGAGAAGAUGGCAAAGACGAUCGGAAGACUAGCUGAGAAGACUCCGGAUGUUGGAGAAACUGUGAGCGGUUUACUUGUAAAGAAAGGCUUCACAUAUCAAAUAAUGGCACCAGAAGACUUGCAUAUAUUUUCACAGCUAUCUACUGCAAACAUCAUACAGAGGGUGUCCAUCCCCUAUUCAGGUGCCUUUGGUGUUAUUAAGCACAGACUCAAGCAAAUAUAUGAAAGCGUUGAGCCCCCACCGGAAGAGCCUGAUGUUCCCACUGUUAUUGUUCACAAACUAGUAACCGUAAGGCAAGAAUCAGAAAACCAUGUCUCAUUGCAAUGGUCAUCGGACCCGGUAAGUGACAUGGUUUCUGAUUCUGUUGUUGCCUUAAUCUUGAACAUCAGUAGAGAGGGCCCAAAGGUCAUGCCAGUGGCUGAAGCCAACAAAACUGAGGAGGAGAAUGAGAAGACGGUUCAGAAAGUGGUAUAUUCUCUGCUGGUCUCUCUGUUUGGCAAUGUUAAAGCAGGAGAAGCAGGGAGACUGAUCGUCACCGUUGAUGGAGACACAGCUAAAGUAGACUGGAAAAAUGGUGAGGUAGAAUGCGAAAACGAAAGCCUGAAAGAUAGGAUACAGAUGGCUUGCCGCCGCAUUCUAAGUGCCGCAAGGCCAAUCCCUCUUUCUGCAUAAUCAGGCAGACAUGAAACAGAAACAGCAUGCAAAUUUCCUUAAUAGUGUUGUUCUUGUUAUGUGAGAUGUAGAUUUAAAUUUUAAUGUUUAAAUUUCAUACUUA